AUGCCGCCUAAACGACACGGGAAACAGGACGACUCCCCAGCAGUUGACACAGAUGAUGAGCAGCAAAGUAAUGAACCGGUAAUGACAAUUACUGAGAGUAUGCUGCAAGCGCUUGUCGCCGGCAUCACGCGCAGUCAAGCAGAAGCGAAUCGACAGCUUAUGCAGGAGCUCUUCUCGAACAGAGACCAGUUUCAGACACCGAGUACACCGACCCCUCCGCCGGACUCACACGCCGCGAAUGGAAAUUUCGCGAAGUGCACGGCGCGCUUCGACGGGUUGACGAAAAAUGCGGAUGUUCUUGAAGCAUUCAUAGAUGCGAUUGUGGUGUACAAAGAAUGCACUAACGUGAAUGAUGAACAUGCGGUCAAGGGUCUGCCGAUACUGCUGACGGGCGAGGCCGCUAUAUGGUGGCAAGGAGUUAAGGCGUCCGUAUCAUCGUGGGAGGAUGCCCUGCGACGACUUCGAGGAUCGUUCGAUAUAGUGUAUGGACUGUUAAGUAGGAAAAUACGCAAAAGAGUGUCACGCGACGACGUGAACGGGCUCGAGCAGCUUGUCGCUAAGGCCAGGUUAGUCGAAGAGUCGCUGGCGGAG